UUCGUCGCUCGGCGAGGCACAAAGAUAAAGGCGGGGGCUUAUGUAACUCUCUUUUAAAGGAACCUGAUCCCUGCGCUCUCCCCUUUCGUUUUGGGAGCGAGAGCUUUGUUUGGGGAUCCAAUUCAGCCGCGCUGAGCUCCUGCAUCCUGCUUCUACAGCCUCGCACACCUGCAGCGCUAAGAUGCUCUGUGAAUAUUCAAAGGAGUUAUUCAGGUCUGUUCAUUCAUUUGGUUAACUUAAGCUUCAUGGCAGAAAAUCAUUAACUAGAGUCCAAGGAGCUACCUACAGUAUCACACAUGGCCAAUGAAUCGAGGCCCUGCCCAUGUGAUAUUGGAGACAGGUUUGACUAUGGAGGCCGUGGGCAGGAGGUUCAAGUUGGGCACAUCAAGGCGUACGUCUGCAAACCUCCUGCCAGCGCUGACAAAGCUGUCAUUGUGAUUCACGACAUAUUUGGGUGGCAACUCCCGAACACCAGAUACAUAGCUGAUAUGCUAACAACUAAUGGAUACAUAGCCAUCUGCCCAGAUUUUUUUGUGGGACAAGAAGCUUGGAAACCUUCUAAUGACUGGGCAUCUUUUGAAGACUGGGUGAAAACACGAGAUGCUGGCAAAAUAGACAAAGAAGUUGAUGUCGUCCUCAAGUAUCUAAAGGAGCAAUGUGGUGCGAAGAAGAUUGGUGUCAUUGGGUUUUGCUGGGGUGGAGCGGCAGUGCAACACCUGAUGCUGAAAAAUCCCCAUUUAAAGACCGGAGUGUCCCUCUAUGGAGUGAUCAGCCGUUUUGAGGACAAACAUAGUUUGCUGCAUCCUACCUUCUUCAUUUUUGGUGAGAAGGAUAAUAUUAUUCCGUUGGAGCAGGUCACCUUGCUGGAGCAGAAGCUUAAACAAAACUGUAAAGUUGAUUAUGAAGUUAAAAUUUACCCUGGACAGACACAUGGGUUUGUGCAUCGCAAAAGAGAAGAUAUCAAUCCUCAAGAUAAACCUUACAUUGAGGAAGGUAGAAAGGAUAUGAUCAACUGGCUGAAUAAAUAUCUUUAGGUUAAAUUAAUGUCAAUAAACAAAAUCAGUUGUUGUGGGAAAUCAGAAAAUAAUACAGACUACAUUGCUUAAAAUGUUCUUACAACCAUAAAAAUAUUUUGUAAAACUGUUCUGCAAUAACACUACUUACUUGCACUUACCUUCUAAGUAGGGACUUAGAAAUGCUUUUUCAAAUGCUGAAAGCUAUAAAUGUAAAGAAGGUUUUUAACACUGGUCUUGUAUAUCUUAAAAUUAUUAGAAUUUCAUGUGGCAUAUUUUCUGUAACCUGAAAAUUUAAUUUUUUUAUAUCAAUGUCAACAUGAUUAAAAACCUUUGAAACUCUG